GUCAGCACUCUUGCAAUUGCCACGUGUACAGCUUAUAAUUUUAACUCAUUCUCUCUUAUUUUUCGUCGCCGAUUCGCUUCACCUUCCUCAUCAGUUUAAUAACCACAUCUUAGGUCUCAACGUAUACAUCCAACCCCAAUCAACAAAUCCCUUUUAUGAUCAUCAUCUCACUUAAAUACAAAGCAAUAUGGAAAGUGGAUUCGAAAUUCUGUUUGGCAUCGAUUCUGGAGGAUUUUCGAAAGCAAGGAAACGUUCGAGUUGGCGUUUGUUGAUUUCAGUUCGAAAAAAACCAUGAAAUUUAUAGGAAAGGAACGUAGAGUCUCUGAAUACUACAAGAAGCAAGAGAGGCUCCUCGAGGGUUUCAAUGAGAUGGAGACUAUAAAUGAAACUUGUUUUGCAUCUGGUGUUCCAACUAAGGAAGAAAUAAAGAAGCUUGCAAAGAGUGAGAGACUGGCAGUUCACAUAUCAAACGCAACAAAUUUGGUGCUUUUUGUGGCAAAGGUUUAUGCCUCCAUGGCUAUGUGAUUGCUUCAACUUUGGACUCUCUCUGGGA